UUCAUUUAGUUUCGAUUGAGCAUUAAAUGUGUGCUAUGAAUGCAAACAAUACUUUGUCACAUGUGAUAGUUAUCAAUGCUUUAGAGACAGCUUACUGCUUAAAAAUAGACAACAAUCGAUAAAAUAAUCGGAUUCGAAGUAAGACUGCAUAGCUGCUAUGGAGGGUGUUAGUAGCAGAGAAGAGAAGAUUCUGUCUUUUAACGAUAUGACAUCUUGCUUAGAAAGUCUAGACGAUAAUUCUACGUGUAACAGAGAAAAAGAAACGAAAAUAACAGAAUUACCAUCAUACUCAUUUAAAUGUGACCUCCAACUGCCUUCUACUGUGACAGAUCAAAAUUAUAUUUAUUUCCCUAAAGAUACAUAUGCAAUCGAUAAAUAUGACGUAAAGAGUGGAAAAUGGAUGCUUUUUGCCUAUGGAGACUUGGAAGAACAAGACUGGCGUUGGACGAUACUGCAGCCACUGGUAAAAGAAGGAAUUUUAAGCAGUCUAAAGGCUUCGACUGCAAUGGAUUCUGAAAAGGGAGUCAUUUGCUGCUAUACAGUUGAUUCAGAUGAUAAAUUAGCAGCGAAGAAAGCGGCCGAUGCUAUUCGGGAAAUAAUUCUAUAUAAAUAUAUCAUGUAUUAUAAAACGAAUGAAGAUUCUGCAGCUGGUGUUUACAUACAUGAAGGACACUUCCAAAUUUCCAAGUAUAUGCACACUGUAAAUUCACAUUUCUACGAAAAGGAUGAGUACAACAGAUGGGUGAAAGUUGUAUCUGAUUCUUAGGCAUUUCUUUAUAAAUCUUUUUUUAAAGCAAUUUAUAAACCUUUUACAAAUGAGAAAUAAAAUACCGAAGAUAAAUACCGUUCGUUUAAUAAAGCAACGUUUAUAGAAGGAAUAAUUUAUACAUUCUUUUUACAUACUCUUUAUUAAUCGUAUGCAAAUGUAUUGUCUUUGAAAGUUGUAAAAGUUAUGUAAUUUAAAAAAUGUUAAACAACACUUUUAAAUUACUGACAUAUGUGAAUGAACUAUGUAUUUUAACUUAUUAUUCAAUUAAAUAUAUCAAACAACUUUA